AUCUCACACUCUUAUACACUGUAAUAGUCAGCCUCUCCACAUCACUUUCCUCGGCUAAGGCGCCGCGCUGUGCUCUCACACACCGACUCCUGAGAAUAUUCCACUUACGCAAAGACGAGAUUAUUCAUAUAGAUUCACGCUUCUUCCAGAUGGACGUCUGCACGAUGCGAUACACAUGGGCGGCUCUCUGCAUCGCCGUGUUAGCCAUGUCAGUUUCAGUGAAAUCUGAGGAGGCUCCGAAUGCUUUAGUGACUUACGAGCUCACCAUGGACAUCACCAACCGCAUCUACAACAGCUCUCUACUCAAGUCCAACUCUUCUGAUUAUGCGAUCUUGUACAAACAAGUUACUGACAUGCUCAACUCCAUCUACGGCUGUGCCACGUGUAAAACACACGUGUUUUAUGGCAAUGUGUCAGCGAUGUCCUUCAGCAAUCAAACUGGAACCGUGCUCGUAAAGGCUAGUCUCGUGUUCCAGUCAAACAAAACCAACGCUGAUGAGAUCAAAGGGCUGUUUAUGAACGCGACCGCUGCCGAUAAGGAAAUAAACGGCCUUAAAGUCAACCCUAAUUUCACACAAGUUUCAGUGAAAUCUGAGGAGGCUCCGAAUGCUUUAGUGACUUACGAGCUCACCAUGGACAUCACCAACCGCAUCUACAACAGCUCUCUACUCAAGUCCAACUCUUCUGAUUAUGCGAUCUUGUACAAACAAGUUACUGACAUGCUCAACUCCAUCUACGGCUGUGCCACGUGUAAAACACACGUGUUUUAUGGCAAUGUGUCAGCGAUGACCUUCAGCAAUCAAACUGGAACCGUGCUCGUAAAGGCUAGUCUCGUGUUCCAGUCAAACAAAACCAACGCUGAUGAGAUCAAAGGGCUGUUUAUGAACGCGACCGCUGCCGAUAAGGAAAUAAACGGCCUUAAAGUCAACCCUAAUUUCACACAAGUUUCAGUGAAAUCUGAGGAGGCUCCGAAUGCUUUAGUGACUUACGAGCUCACCAUGGACAUCACCAACCGCAUCUACAACAGCUCUCUACUCAAGUCCAACUCUUCUGAUUAUGCGAUCUUGUACAAACAAGUUACUGACAUGCUCAACUCCAUCUACGGCUGUGCCACGUGUAAAACACACGUGUUUUAUGUCAAUGUGUCAGCGAUGACCUUCAGCAAUCAAACUGGAACCGUGCUCGUAAAGGCUAGUCUCGUGUUCCAGUCAAACAAAACCAACGCUGAUGAGAUCAAAGGGCUGUUUAUGAACGCGACCGCUGCCGAUAAGGAAAUAAACGGCCUUAAAGUCAACCCUAAUUUCACACAAGUCAUAGCACCACCGUCCACCCCUGCACCAACUGUCUCCAGCACUUCCCAUACAACCAAGUCUCCACUUCUUGCAACUACACACUACAACACCGCCUCGUCCUUUAAUCAAAGUCCCAUUGCUCUGACGUCAAUUCUCCGCUAUACUGUUUCGUUCUGCCUGCUUUACUUCCUCAGCUAUUCUUUUUAAUUGUGUAAACCUGCCACUAGGGGCAGUGCAACAUCUUUAUAUAAUGAAAUACGUUAAUCUACAGGGUGUACCAACAAUCUCCUUACAUAGUGGACUAUGUUCACCAGCAUCACGUCGGUUGUGUCUUUAUGAGUGGAUGUUGGUGAAUGUCCACUUCUCGGUCUGCAACACUUAUAUAUAUAUAUAUAUAUAUAUA